AUGUCCUCCACAUCGUCCUGCUCCUUGUCGGGGGAGACGAGCCUGGAGGACAUUCCCCAAGGCGGAGGAACUAUCCGCGUCUACCUCCCCAACAAACAGCGCACAGUGGUGAACGUGCGUCCGGGUCAGACGGUGUAUGACAGUCUGGACAAAGCGCUCAAGGUGCGAGGCCUCACUCAGGACUGUUGCGCCGUUUUCCGCCCCCUCGAAGGUCGUAAAAGGCUGACAGAAUGGAACACUGACAUCACGCCGCUCGUCGGCGAGGAGCUUCUCGUCGAGGUUUUGGACGACGUCCCCCUCACCAUGCACAACUUUGUUCGUAAAACCUUCUUUAAGUUAGCGUACUGUGACUUCUGCCACAAGUUCCUGUUCAACGGCUUCCGGUGCCAGACGUGCAUCUACAAGUUCCACCAGCACUGCAGCAGCAAAGUUCCCACGGUCUGCCUGGACAUGGACACCAUAAAACGGAGUGCAGGAGACUGCGCGGUGGUCACUGAUAUAGUCGUGUCCGAUCCUAUCCCCACUGACAUCCCCUUAACGCCCGAGCCUGCUUGUUCGGCGCUGUUGUCAUGAUAUAUAUAUAUAUAUAUUCCUGCUGUGCAUUCCUUGUUUCUGUAACACAUCAGCAAAACUUUC